UUUAUUAAAAAAAUGCAUAACAAAUAAUCUUCAGCAAUCGGCAUGAACGAAAAUGUUUGUCUAUUUAAGUAAAAAGAUUGCGAUUCCGAAUAAUGUUAAGCUAAACUGCAUUGCUUGGAAUUCAGAAGAUGGCUAUAUUGCAGUGGCUGGCACUGAAGGCCUCCUUAAGGUCUUGAAACUCGACCAAGCCGCAAAUGGACAAAGCAAAGGAGGACUCGCCGCCAUUUCCAACUUGUCGAUGAAUCAGACUUUGGACGGCCAUAAAGAGUCUGUCAAAGUAGUAACGUGGAAUCAUGUUCAACAAAAGUUGACCUCUUCAGAUAUAGAUGGAGUGAUAAUGGUUUGGAUGCUCUAUAAGGGGUCAUGGUACGAGGAAAUGACAAACGACCGAAAAAAAUCAACAGUAUCUGGAAUGUGUUGGACAUCGGACGGUGCAAAAAUAUGCAUUGUUUAUGAAGAUGGAGCCAUCAUUGUAGGCUCUGUUGACGGUAAUAGGAUAUUUGGCAAGGAACUAAAAAACACUCACCUUACUGGUGUUCAAUGGAGUCCUGACAAUCGGCUUCUAUUGUUUGCUCUGGCAGAUGGGGAGUGCCAUAUGUACGAUAAUCAAGGAAACUUUGCGAUGAAGCUCAACAUACAGUGUGUAAACCUUAACGCGUCCCGUUCGUUGCGUAUCGCCAAAAUAAGUUGGUUCAAUGGUCGUGCCUAUGGAAAUCGUCCAGUUUUGGCCAUAUGCUACGAAAACGGCAAAGUACAAAUAAUGCGCGAUGAAAACGACGAUUCACCUAUCAUCUUUGAUACUGGAAUGCGGAAUGUUGAUGCCCAGUGGAACCACGAUGGUACGGUUCUUGCCAUUUGUGGGGCUGUUUUGGAAGCUGUUACCGCCUCGUUGCGCGAUAACAAUCAGGUGUGCUUUUAUUCACCGAUGGGACACCUAUACCGGACUUUGAAAGUGCCGGGCAGCGACAUAACAUCCUUAAGUUGGGAGGGAAAAUCUUUGCGCAUAGCCAUGGCUGUUGAUUCAUUCAUUUACUUUGCCAAUAUUCGUGCCGAUUACAUUUGGUGUUACUUUGAAAAAACCGUCGUGUUUCUUAACAGCGGCAAUGGACUGCGUGAAAAUCAAAUGAAUGUCAUUACCUUCUGGAACACCGUCUCAAAUCAGAGUUUUCUCAAAGAAGUGGAACCAACCCUAUCUUUGGCAGCCUGUAAUGAGCAUUGCGUAUUAGGUGUAGAAUGUGUGAGCGCCAAUACCAAGGAUAUCGCCUUAAGCGUAUUAGAUCGCCCCGACAACGAAAGUGUUUACCAAUUGCUCCUUUGCAAUUCGAUAGGAACCACUGUAGACUCAAAAUAUACGGACAUAAGACCGUCCUUCAUAGGAAUCAACUCUGGGUAUGUGGCAAUUGCAUCGUCCAACGAGAUACUCAUCUGGCAUUACCACACGCCAAAGAGUUCUUCUACUUUACAUAGCAUAAAGGCGCGUAAGGAGAAGCGAUUUCAUAUUGACGAGACACCGACUGGCGUAGAGAUGUCAAAGGAUUUGCUCCUCGCGAGCUCAGGCGGCUCCAAAGCCGAUGUCCAGAGCAAGGUUGAUGACCCAAUCUGUGCCUUGGCCUUAUCGGAGAAGAUAUUGCUAGUUGCUCGUGAAUCGGGCAUCAUUAAUGAGUAUAGUAUAUCAAAUGUGGCUUUAAGAAAUCGCCAUACAGUCCACUCCAAAAUCUACAAAAUGUCCAUAAAUUGCAAUUCAACACGCCUCGCUAUGAUUGACAAUAUGGGAGUUAUGACACUGCUGGAUUUGGAUGACAAUCGUGAGACUCAGUUAAAUUUUAGCCGCGUAGAGCGCAAAGAUGUCUGGGCUGUUUGCUGGGCCAAGGAUAACCCAUUGCUUUUAGCUUUGAUGGAGAAAACACGUAUGUACGUUUUUCGUGGAAACGAUCCCGAGGAGCCCAUAUCGUGUGCCGGCUACAUUUGUACCUUCGAAGAUUUGGAAAUCACGAGCGUAAUGCUGGACGAUAUUAUCAGCAUAGGAGAAUUGCAAACCCCCUUGACUCACAUUAUACAACUGCGUGUCAAGGCUCUACGGGACACAGAGGAUCUGUUGGAAAACGUGGGUCUUGAAGAUGCCAAGCUUUUUAUUGAGGACAACCCCCAUCCGCGUUUGUGGCGGCUAUUAGCCGAGUCAGCCUUGAAAAAGCUGGAACUUGAUACAGCCGAAAACGCAUUUGUGCGUUGUGCCAACUAUCCAGGUAUUAAGCUGAUAAAACGCCUGCGCAACAUCAAUAAGGAUGUUCUACAGAGGGCGGAGAUCGCUGCAUUCUACGGGGAGUUUGAGGAAGCUGAAAAGCUUUAUCUCGAUGCUGAUCGCAGAGAUCUGGCGAUCGAUCUGCGCAUAACACUUUGCGACUGGUUUCGAGUGGUGCAGUUAUAUCGAAUGGGUGGUACCGGCGUUUCCGAUCACCAGAUGGAAACUGCUUGGCAAGAAAUCGGAAACCACUUUGCCAAUUUAAAUUCGUGGGAGAGCGCAAAAACGUAUUAUGAGAAGUCACAAUAUAGUGAAGGUCUCAUGGAUGCACUCUACCAUCUGGAGCUGUUUGACGAGUUGGAGAAAUGUGUGGAAAAACUGCCGGAUAAGAGCCCCUUACUGCUUAAAUUAGCCGACAUGUUGGCCUCUGUGGGCAUGUGUUCGGAGGCGGUAGAAGCAUUUCUGAAGUUCGGUGACCAAAAGGCGGCUGUUAAUGCGUGUGUGAAUCUAAGGCAGUGGGGACUGGCGGUGGAGCUGGCACAAAAGUAUCAAAUGCCGGAAGUAAAUACUUUGCUUAGCCAACACGCGACACAACUCAUAAACGAAGAUCGCCUUGCGGAAGCUAUUGAGCUGCAGAAGAAGGCUGGUCGGUAUCUGGAUGCAGUUCGCCUGCUAACUAAACUUGCGGAUCGUGAGCUCGAAAAGGGUGCACCACUUUUACGUAUCAAAAAGAUAUACGUUCUGGCUGCCCUACUCGCUGAAGAACAUCUCAAGUCGAUUGCCACCCCGGAAAUCGAUUAUGCAGUCGACCGGAACAGACUUCUUAAUUUAAUAAGCCUGGAAGAUGCAUCGCUUAUUGAGCGUACUUGGCACUGCUCAGAAGCUUUUCAUUUUUUCUUACUUGCUCAACGACAACUACGAUUCGGCAUUGUCCAUAGCGCUGUCAUUACGGCGCUGAGAUUAAGGGAAUACGAGGAUGUGCUAAAUGUCGAGGAAAUCUUUAGUCUAUUGGCAUUGGCCAGUUGCGCUGACAGAUCGUUCGGAACAUGCUCCAAAGCCUUCAUAAAGCUAGAGUCGCUGCGUAAUUUGCCGGAAAAGAGUCAGCUUGACUAUGAAGAAUUGGCUGUUAGCAUAUUUUCAAAAAACGAACCCGUAGACAACAAACUUGAUACAGUUUCUUGUUAUGCCUGCGCUGCCUCAAUCCCAGAUAGCUUACCUUCUUGCUCGGAGUGCGGCGUACGUUUUCCUGCCUGUGUCUCAUCCGGCAAACCCAUUACGCAACCCAUGAACAAUAUUUGGAUCUGCAGUACUUGCCAUCACUGUGCCUCGACAAUGGAAAUAACAAGAUAUCGCACGUGCCCACUAUGCCACAGCCUAAUUAUGUCAAUGACAGUAGAAAUUUAA